AUGAAUUUCACAACAACCCCCGGGUCGAUCACAGCGUUGCGUUAUCUCUUGGCUCUACUACCCAUAGAAGAUAUGACAACAAAUGAUGACAACCUAAUUUUCAACGACACCUUUCUCAAGGCAACAAAGAUCCAGGAUCCAGUAUUCAUAUGCCUUGACACCGAAGGAGAUUCAGCCCGAGAAUUUGGCAUGAGAGCUGAGUUUGAGCGGCCUUUCCAGUUUGGGAUUUCUCGAAUGAUUGGAGCUGGCUCUGUUUUCCCUCUGCUCCAAAACAUUUUCCGCACCGGCCAUCCAGACUCCUCGCAUCAGGAAUCUCGAAACACCAUCUUGGUAGGACACAGCGUCGAUGGAGACAUUGCAAGCUUGGAAAAAGUGAUUGGGCGAGCAUGGUCCAUCCAAGACUUCCCAUAUUCUCUUGUAUUCGACACCCAAGUUACUCGAAGAGGUUUGUUCGGUGGUCCAGCUCACAAGAGACUCGAAACACAGUUGAUCAAGCUCCAGAUCUCCUACAAGUAUCUUCAUAACGGCGGCAAUGAUUCGAAUUUCACUUUGAAAGCCCUCUUAGCUCUGGCUCUCUUGGACUGUCCCGUAAACAAAGAUUGCUCUUUAGAGCUGCGGAAAAGGAAGAAAAUCAUACGGGCAAUCGCGCAGAUGCCGAUGCCCCCAAGAAUCGCUGAUCAUCUCGAGCCUAUUCCUCUUGACUCGGUGGAUGAGUUGUAG